AUGGUCGCCUCCCCCUCAACCCCGGCUGUCAGUGCUGCGUGAGUGCGCGUGUGCUCCUGAGCUCGCUCGGCACACGUUCUAAAAAAAAUAAAAAUACAAAAAAAAUUUCAAAACAUUAAAAAAAAUCUAAAAAAUCCAUUUUUCCUUUUUGUAACAAGGCGGCGAAGCUGGAGUAGACAUUCGAGGACCGGACGGUAACGACGCCUAACGCAUUUUUUAGCCGACGUGUUAACGUUGGAGCUCAGAAGCGAGGCCAGUUGGUUAUCGUUACGUUUGCUUUUGUCGCUGCCAGUUUGACUGGCAGUUUUAACCCCGCUAGAAGUCGACGUCGUGCCAUAUUAACAGCCUCAUCCUCCGGUUCGUAGCGUAAGACGCCGCAACUGACAAGCCUCCGACCGUUUAAAGCUCGGUAUCCUGACGCCAACCGACGCCGCGCUAGCGACCGUUACGUUGGCACCGUCGCCGAAAACUUUUCCAGGACAUGAACCCCAGCGCUCCCAGUUACCCCAUGGCCUCGCUCUACGUCGGGGAUCUGCAUCAGGAUGUGACCGAGGCCAUGCUCUACGAGAAAUUCAGCCCAGCCGGCGCUAUCCUGUCUAUCCGGGUCUGUCGGGACAUGAUCACCCGGCGUUCCCUCGGAUACGCUUACGUCAACUUCCAGCAGCCGGCGGACGCUGAGCGUGCACUGGACACGAUGAACUUUGAUGUGAUUAAGGGCCGACCUGUGCGCAUCAUGUGGUCACAGCGAGAUCCAUCACUGAGGAAGAGCGGCGUGGGAAACAUCUUCAUCAAGAAUCUGGACAAGUCAAUUGAUAACAAAGCUCUAUAUGAUACCUUCUCUGCUUUUGGCAACAUCCUGUCAUGCAAGGUGGUUUGUGAUGAGAAUGGCUCUAAAGGCUACGGGUUUGUGCAUUUUGAGACACAGGAGGCAGCCGAACGUGCCAUUGAGAAAAUGAAUGGCAUGUUACUGAAUGACCGAAAAGUAUUUGUGGGUCGCUUUAAGUCUCGCAAGGAGCGUGAGGCAGAACUGGGUGCCCGAGCCAAAGAAUUCACAAAUGUCUAUAUUAAAAACUUUGGUGAUGACAUGGAUGAUGAGAAGCUGAGGGAACUAUUCAGUAAAUACGGAAACUCCAUGAGUAUCCGCGUCAUGACAGAUGACACUGGGAAAUCACGAGGCUUUGGGUUUGUCAGCUUUGAGAGGCACGAGGAUGCCCAAAAGGCAGUAGAUGAAAUGAAUGGGAAGGAGUUGAACGGCAAGCUGAUCUACGUUGGCCGUGCCCAGAAGAAGGUGGAACGACAGACUGAGUUGAAGCGCAAAUUUGAGCAAAUGAAGCAAGAUCGCAUGACUCGCUACCAGGGUGUGAACUUGUAUGUAAAGAACCUUGAUGAUGGAAUUGAUGAUGAACGCUUGAGAAAGGAGUUCACGCCAUUUGGUACCAUCACAAGUGCUAAGGUGAUGAUGGAAGGUGGGCGCAGUAAAGGCUUUGGCUUUGUCUGCUUCUCCUCACCAGAGGAGGCCACAAAAGCAGUGACAGAAAUGAAUGGACGCAUUGUUGCCACCAAGCCACUGUAUGUGGCUCUAGCUCAGCGGAAAGAGGAGCGCCAAGCCCACCUGACCAACCAGUACAUGCAACGCAUGGCCAGUGUGCGUGCAGUACCGAACCCGGUCAUCAAUCCUUACCAGCCUGCUCCACCAUCUGGUUAUUUCAUGACAGCCAUACCUCAAGCCCAGAACCGAGCUGCUUACUACCCAGCAGCUGGCCAGAUGGCCCAGCUCCGCCCAAGCCCACGCUGGACCACCCAAGGUGUCAGGCCGCAGCAUUUCCAGAACAUGCCAGGAGGUAUGCGUCCCUCAGCACCACGCCCUCAGACCUUCAGUACUAUGCGGCCUGCUUCCCAGGUGCCCCCAGGUCGCAUGAUGUCCACCCAGCGUGUCGCCACUCAGACAAUGGGUCCACAACCAACCACUGCUGCGGCUGCAGGAGCCACCAAUGUGCGUGGAGUCCCUCAGUACAAGUAUGCUGCAGGAGUGCGCAAUUCUCAGCAACACAUGACUGCUCAGCCACAAGUUCCUAUGCAGCAGCCUGCUGUCCAUGUCCAGGGACAAGAGCCUCUGACUGCCUCCAUGUUGGCUGCUGCUCCCCCACAGGAACAGAAGCAGAUGCUGGGUGAGCGUCUGUUCCCACUCAUCCAGAACAUGCAUCCUAGCCUGGCAGGAAAGAUCACUGGCAUGCUGCUGGAGAUUGACAACUCAGAGCUGCUUCACAUGCUGGAGUCUCCAGAGUCGCUCCGUUCAAAGGUGGAUGAGGCAGUGGCUGUGCUUCAGGCCCAUCAGGCCAAGGAGGCUGCUCAGAAAACUGUGACUAAUUCAGCUGGUGUUCCAAGUGUCUAAACCCAAGGUGUUGGGAACCUUGUGAUCAAUGUCACCGCUGGGAGAGGGGAAGAAUUUAACAGCGAAAAACACAAAAUGCACAAAACAAAGUAAAAAGAAGACAAAUAUUAUAUAAAAAACCAAUGGGAACAAGUCUACAGUCAGGCCUAUAAUGAACAAACACUGGGCCUAGUUUGCAAAGUUAAAAAUAAAAAUAUAUAUAUAUAAAAAAAGAAAAAGCUAAAACACAAAUGAUCUAGUUCUGAGGGGUUUUAGAGGAGCAGUCUGUGAAAGUAAGACUGAAAGCAUUCCUUUCUGCCAUUUUAUUCAUUUUUAAGUGUUUGAAUGUUUUGGCUUUAGAAGCCUGAUGUGAAUUUCCCUUUGCUUGCUUGAAUUAAACUUAUAAACACAA